UUUAUUUCUUAAAACUCGGCGCUAGUUUACACUGUCGUUGGUCCUCACAGAUUGUCCGCGGCCUAUAAAUAGCAAUAGUACGAGCUAGUGAUUUACUUCUUUGGUGAUUCGCUGCGUUUACACGUGCGCGAGGAUGUCGCAAAAACGUCAUGCUCCGCUCGCGGGCGCCACGGCGCCCGCGAAAGCCUUCAGAAAAGCCGAGGAAGAUGGGGAAAUGGACUUCGAGUCACAACUUGCUAUGAUGGAAGAAUUUGAAGAGGAGGAAAAGGAGCUCAAAAAAAUCGAUCUUUCCCAGUGUCCCCAAAAUGAGGUUGGUUCACAUCGCUGGGGUCGGCCGCGCGCUCCCCCACUUGACCCGAAAAUGACAAAUCUUGAGUUCCAGCAGGUCGAUCUCGACCACUACCUGGGUUCCGCAAUGCAGGGCAUGACAAACGUGAGCUCUGAGACAGUAGCCAUUACACGAAUGUUCGGAACCACUGAUGAGGGGCACAGUGUCGUUUGUCAUGUUCACGGUUUUCUACCGUACUUCUAUGUAGAGGCACCUAGUGGCUUCGAAAAAAAGCACCUUGAGGAGUUCCGCCAAAAACUCAACCGUGCUGUAAUUGAAGAUAUAAGGGGUUCGAAGAGUGUCAGCGAAGCUAUUCUUGAGUGUAAACUGGUUAGCAAACAGAAUAUCUACGGAUACUCUGACCUAGGACUUCAACCGUUCAUCAAAAUCACUGUUUUGCUGCCUCGACUAAUCGCUCCUGCCAGACGACUUUUGGAGACCGCUACUGUCUCUACUUCGGCCCAUCCUUCCCAUAAUUAUCGGCCAUUUGAGGCAAACAUUGAUUUCGAAAUUCGCUUCAUGGUAGACACACACACGGUUGGUUGCUCGUGGAUUACCCUGCCAAAGGGUAAAUACAAGCUGAGAUCAGACGCCGAAAUAACGUCUUUAUGUCAGUACGAGGCUGAUAUCAGAUGGACCGACAUGGUGAGCCACCAGGCGGAAGACAACUAUGCGCGAGUGGCACCCUUUCGAAUUCUAAGCUUUGAUAUUGAGUGCGCGGGUCGGAAAGGUGUCUUCCCCGAGCCCAGCAAAGAUCCCGUCAUUCAGAUUGCUUCGAUGGUCAUUAAGCAAGGUCAAAAAGAUCCGUUUAUACGAAACAUUAUGACCUUAAAUAGCUGUGCUUCUAUAGCCGGUGUUGAAGUAAUGUCAUUUAAGACUGAGUCGCAAAUGCUCGAGAAGUGGGCUACUUUUAUUCGCCUUGUCGAUCCGGACAUUAUUACAGGGUAUAAUAUCAUGAACUUCGAUUAUUGGUAUCUUGUUAAUCGGGCGAAACACUUAAAAGUGAAGACUUUCGCCUACCUUGGCCGUAUUAGGGGCAGUGAGUCGGUGAUCCGCGAAAGCACGCUACAAUCGAAACAAAUGGGUAGACGUGAAAAUAGGAAUAUUACGAUGGAGGGACGAGUAAACUUUGAUCUACUGCUCGCUCUGCUGCGUGACUACAAGCUUCGUAGCUAUACACUCAAUGCGGUAUCAUACCAUUUUCUGCAAGAGCAAAAAGAAGAUGUGCAACACAGUAUAAUUACUGAUUUGCAGAACGGCGAUGAUCAGACUAGACGUCGGCUCGCUGUCUAUUGCCUCAAGGACGCUUUGCUACCGCUACGUCUACUGGACAAACUCAUGUGCAUAAUUAACUAUAUGGAAAUGGCGAGAGUGACCGGUGUCCCGCUGUCGUAUCUGCUUUUGCGCGGUCAACAAAUUAAAGUUGUUUCACAAUUAUUGCGUAAAGCAAGAGAACAGGACCUCAUUCUGCCGGUGAUCAACAUCCAGACAGGUGACGAUUUCACCGGCGCGACUGUCAUUGAGCCGGUGCGUGGCUACUAUUCGUCACCGAUAGCGACGCUCGAUUUCUCCUCGCUAUAUCCAUCAAUUAUGAUGGCUCACAAUCUAUGCUACACUACGUGGCUAAGCAAUACGAAGAUGCGCGAAAAACUUAAUUCUAACGAGUUCAUUAGCACCCCGUCGGGCGACUAUUUCGUAGCGUCGUCGAAACGCAAAGGCCUGUUACCAGAAAUCCUCGAAAGUCUUUUAUCGGCUCGAAAGAAGGCGAAAAUGGAUCUUAAAAACGAGAAGGACCCAUUUAAGAAAAAGGUUCUCGACGGUCGUCAGUUGGCGUUGAAAAUUAGCGCUAAUUCAGUGUAUGGUUUUACCGGGGCGCAGGUUGGUAAGUUGCCAUGUCUGCCGAUUUCUCAGUCGGUCACAGCGUUCGGUCGAAGAAUGAUCGAGGAGACAAAGAACGAGAUCGAAGCAAAGUACUGCAAGAAAAAUGGCUACGAAUUUGACGCGAAGGUCAUAUACGGCGAUACAGAUUCGGUCAUGGUACGGUUCGGAGUGGAGAGUCUCGUCGAGUCAAUGAAACUUGGCCAGGAGGCAGCCGACUAUGUCACUUCGAAAUUUGUGAAGCCGAUUAAACUCGAAUUCGAAAAGGUCUACUAUCCAUACUUGCUGAUCAAUAAGAAACGUUAUGCUGGUCUACUUUAUACGAACCCUGAUAAACAUGAUAAGAUGGACUGCAAAGGUAUCGAGACUGUGCGACGAGACAAUUGCCCUUUAGUAGCAAACCUGAUCAACACCUGCCUUGAGAAGAUCCUUAUAGAUAAGGAUCCUCAGGGUGCGAUCAAUUUCGCUAAACAAACGAUUGCUGAUCUACUUUGCAACCGGAUCGAUAUUUCGCAGCUGGUAAUCACCAAGGAAUUGACUAAAACAGAAGAUGAGUACGCAGGAAAACAGGCUCACGUAGAAUUAGCCAAUCGUAUGAUGAAACGCGAUGCCGGUAGCGCCCCAAAGCUCGGCGAUCGUGUUCCUUACGUCAUCGUAGCAGCUGCUAAGGGUACAGCCGCGUACCUAAAAAGCGAAGAUCCAAUUUACGUCCUCGAAAACAAUGUGCCUAUUGACACACAGUAUUACCUCGAUAACCAAAUCUCAAAGCCGCUGCUUCGAAUUUUUGAGCCGAUUCUUGGUGAGAACCGAGCUGCCAGCGAAUUGCUCCGCGGAGAUCAUACACGGUCAAAAGCUGUAGUCCAUAGCAAGGUCGGAGCUCUGGCAAUGUUCACCAAAAGGAAGGCUACCUGUAUUGGCUGUAAGGCGGUCCUAUUAGAUGAAGUACUAAAUAAGGCUGUGUGUAAUCAUUGUCGCGAGAAAGAAAACGAGAUUUACAUGACUGAGAUGAUGUCGCUGAACCGACUUGAGGAUAAGUUCGCCAAACUAUGGACCCAGUGCCAAAGGUGCAGUGGAAGUUUGCACGAGGAAGUAUUGUGCACGUCCCGGGACUGUCCUAUUUUCUACAUGCGGAAAAAAGUGCAAAUGGACCUGCAAGACCAGCAGAAAUUGAUCGACAGAUUUAUACUUGAUUGGUAAUAAGGCCUAACGAUUAUCCGGGAAGAUAUUACAUAUGGGUUGGUUCAGCGACGACUUUAUCGCGAUAUUGAACGGUGCUCAGGCUAAUGGAGUUUCGUACCUAGCUUAUCUCUCCUGGUACGCCCUACUGGUAAGGUCGCGUGUGUUUAUGCAGCGACUGUUCGCCCUUCCAUUAGACUGUGUCAUGAGGCAGUAAUGCUUUUUGUUAAAUUGCACACACAAUUAGGCACAAUUGUGGUGUUCCGUGUUCAUUGGCUUCGUAUUAUCAUAAAUAUAAUUGAUAGUUUACAUACUAAGUAAGCCAGAUAGAUUAUUUAAUACGAACAGCAUUAAUUGCAAAAAAGUGACUGUUUCUAAUAAACCUAGAAGCUAAGCUGCUUUAUGAUUAUUAUAAAAUGUUAGUGUAUAAGCACGAGUUUGACCCGCUCGACGUUCCUCUACACGAACAACGUUCCAUUUGACGCAAGGUAAGUCGGUUCUUUUGGGAAACGCCACCUUAACGAUUUCGGACAAAUGGCUUAAAGUGCCCUCGAUGUCAAAUAGUUCGAAGGUAACAGGACAGCCGUUGUUCUUGGCGACGCCAAAACUUUACGGACGGCCGGAUCAGAGAUAGAAUUAAACAGGCCCUUAAUGUUACUAACGGCUGUGAUGAAGGGGUAGGUGUUGUCCAAACUUUCAGAUGUUUACAGACUGAAAUGCGCUAAUGGACGAUAAGAUGAAUGCCGAAAUUGUUUGUAUAAGCCGUAGGUAGGCUAAAAUGUGAUUCGAUAUUGUAUAAUACAUCUCAGUCAUAAAUAAAAAAUAUGGAUUUUCUUUCUUUUGAAUACAUUGGAGUCAUUAAAUCGCCGCAGUUCUAAAACUGCGUAAAAUUUGUGGUACUACUUGGAAAAUAAAAGGA